CGCUGUCAUGCAUGAAACGUAAUACUCUGGUUUCUGUUCUAAUCACAGGUAUCUGUGACGCAUACAUUUGUACAUUUUGAACGUGACCUCCUUGCCUUACAAAAGUCGAUAUUUAUAUCCGUCGCAUUGUGUAUUUACACGUAGACCUAGCCAACGGAACUACCCUAGACGAUAACACACAUGUUACGUUAAUAUAUUGCGGGUUUCCGGUAAUUGCUUCGAUAGUAAUUGAUCAGUUGAGGUUUGAUACGAAUUUCAGCAGAAUACACUCCAUACUGAAAUAACCAUGGACCGUUGACAGACAGAAAUGUUGAGAUGACGCAAAACUCCGUUUGGUGUUCGAAGGCAAACAGAUGGCUGUCGUAUCUUACAAAAGAACUCGGGGGAAAUUUCGCCGAGUUUGCCUCGCAUAUCGGAUUCACUGAAUCGCAGGUAAAAGUUAUCCAAGAAACUGGACAACAUCUUCACCAACUGGUCAUAUCAAAAUGGCUCGAUACCAUUGGACGUCACACGACAAAACACCAACAUGUCGUUUACACAGCUUUAAUGACAUUAAAGCGACAAGACCUGUUGGACAAGCAUUUCAAAGGAGGGCCUCCCGAAAAAUAUUCGGAUGACAUUUGGGAAGAUUUCAUUAAAGAAUUACACGCUAUUGAAUUCAACAAUGAAGAAUCAAGCGAACCAGGUCAAGACAAAAAGCCCGACGUCACAAAGAAAAAGAAGAAGAAUAGUAAGCGUACAAGGAAGAAAAGUGGCGAUGGAAAUGAACAGAAAGAAAAGGUCAAAGAGAAGGACAACGGAAAGCUCUUAUUGGAAGACGAUACUACUUUGCCUAGCAAUCCGCAGAUUGUUCCUUCUGCAGGAAAUAAACAAAAAGAAAAAGUCAAAGAAAAGGUCAAAGAGAGGGACAGAGAAAGGGUGAUUUUGGCAGACGAUACAUCUUUGCCUGACAAUCCGCAGAUUGUUCCCUCUGCAGGAAAUGAACAAAAAGAAAAGAUCAAAGAAAAGGUCAAAGAGAGGGACAGAGAAAAUAUGUUUUCUGUAGAUGAUACUUCUUUGCCUGGCAAUGUUUCUGCAGCAGAUACUGAACAACACAAAACUGACUCUGUAAGCAUUGUGGCUUCGGAUGACAAUGUUACCAACAUUGAACAUGUCGGCAUGCCAGCUUUGACAGAAAAGCAGAAGCAACAUGUGGUCAUAAUUAGCAAAGACAGCCCUGUGAUAGUUGGAGAUCAUACAACAGUGGUUUACAGCAGCCCAGGACGCGGAGAUGAAGGAGAAGAAAGUAUUAGGAAGAAACUGUAUGAUAUUAUGGAGACUAAAGGAGCAGUAGGAAGGAACGCUAAGAAGAACAAGAUGAAUCUACAGACGCUUGAAUCAUGCUUUCAUCGAAGAAAUGGUAAACAUUUUGAAAGUAUGUAUGGCAAGGCUCUGUUAACCUAUUUGCAUCAGUCCACUGAUUACUUCACUCUGACAAAGCAAAGUGGUCUGUGGUUUGCUCAUGUUGAAGAAAAACUCAAAAAUACAUCCCAAGAAUGUACCCAAACUCACGAAGCUGGCGAAGUUUCGAAAGUUAAUCGCAUGAAAUCUAGCAACAAACGUAGUAAAAAAACAGAAACAAAUACAACUUCGAGUAUUCCAACAUUCACAAGACCAACGCAUGACCAUACAAAAACAAAGACAUACAUACAAAACAAAUGCACACAGUUUGGUGACUUUUUAGACUUCGUAGGACAUUUUCGUGACGAAAAUUAUCUGCUUUUGAUCUCAAAAACGGAUUUCAUAAAACACGAAGAAGCUCUAUCGCAUAUACCUUGGCUUUGUGUUUUUGAUUUUGAUGCCAACAGUUUUACGGAGGGUUUGUACUUCAGGAAUGAAGCAUUGUUUCGGGAAAAUCGAGCAGUGUACCCUUGUACCUGGUUUGACCCUCCAAGUAUACAGACAUUUGGGACCGAGUGGUGUUUUAUUUCAGGUUCAACCCAUAGGCCGGGAAGCAGCACGCCAGAAUGUUUCAAAAAGUGGUACAAGCAUAUACAGGGAGCUUUCGAAAAGCAUAUAAAAGAUAUCAAUAAAUUGCUAGACACUGUUAAACAACUGACGGUAAUUGCAUUUUGGCCAAGAGAUCAAGACACUAGUAAAAAGUUUCAAAAAAUUAUAUCUGUAUUGCAUGAGUCCGUUCAGCCUUUUCCUCAAGUAGUUGUUGUUUCUGAUAAUCCAACCCAAGAAAACAUAACGCAUAUAGAUUUUAUAGAACCUGACUAUCAUCUCAAGGAAAAGCUUGAACACGUUUUCCAUGAUCUGGCAGCAAAAGUAGGACAAAAACGUAAUCCUAAACAAUCAACCUAUCGGUUACCAACAGCUUCUGGCUCCUGUGCUACUUCUAUUGACAGUACACAAGCAGCUUCAUUCAGAGAGAGCAUGCAAGUUCUGUACCUUGAUAAUCCUUGUCAAACCGAUCUUCCAGAUCUGUUUGCGUCCGAAGAACAAGAAAAGUUAUUCUUUCGAGGCGGCAACUUAAGCUGGGAGGCCUACUACAACAACAGUCCAGAACAUUUCUACGUUCCUCGAGACAUUUUGCCACUAAUUGUGGAUGACAUACGCUCAGCUUUUAUUGAUGGGAUGAAAUCGGGAGAAAUCACGAUAUUCCAUGCACCUGGUGCUGGCGGUACAACUCUUGGUCAGAACAUUCUUUGGCAGUUACAUGCAUUAACACCUUGUGUCCAAGUAAGAUCUGACACUUUGGUAACUCCAAAGCAAGCUGCAAAUCACAUAACUAAACUUUACCAAGCAACGCAUCUUCCUAUUCUCGUUCUAUUUGAUGAGCUGAAUGACACAACCUUUGAAAAUAUUCGGGGAAAAUUGAAAGAUAUUUGCGUGAUUUUCCUCAAUUUGAAACGUGUUUCUGUGAUAGAAAGGAAAUUGAAAAAACAUGAAUACUUCCUUUCAGGUGCGCUGUCUGCAAAUGAAGCAAAACGUAUGGGACCAAAAUUUACCCGGUGUUGUGAGGGUGAUAGCGAGAAAAAGGAUCAGAUCCAAAAACUAGUUGAUGACAUUGUUGCAGGUCAUAAACACCAUCUCAUAGAGUUUGGUUUGGUGACGUAUCUACAUGAGUUUAUAGGAGUAGCUGCAUACGUGUCUGAGUACCUUAAAUUGGAUGAACAAAACAAAGAGCUCGAGAAAAGCCGAAGAGUACUUGGGUACCUGUCACUUGUUCAAUUUUUUGGUCAAGGAAUCAUGCCUUGUCAGCUCUUUGGAACAAUGCUAGGGAAGUCACUAGAGUUCACGUUCAGGUAUGACAAUUUUCCACCAACAGUAAAAGAAUUCACGGUACCCGUCGAGUCUGAUUUUACUCGCAACAGUGUCCGCAUUUGCCACUAUUUGAUAGCAAAGGAAAUUCUAGAUCAGGUUCUCUCAAAAGCACCCACUACCGACAAGGGUCAAGAUUUGAGCGAGUUGGCAAAACAAAACCUCCAAUCCUUUGUGUUGAAGUUCAUUGAAGAUCUAAAAAUUAGACAAGAGCAGUUAGGUAACAUGUCAAGGACAGUAUUUGAUAUAAUAUUACAAAUUUUCAUCUACCGGGAAAAUCAUUCUACUCACAGUCAGCAAAGAGAAAUUCGAACAAAGUUUUCACGACUUAUAGAAAGUAUACCAUCCGAGCAACCUUUUACUGAACGUCUCCAAGUUAUGGAAACCCUAGCAGAAUCAUUUCCCGGUAGUCCAAGUCUUUGGGCACAUUUUGGCCGAGCGUUAACAAUACUUCGUCCCACCGAAAGAGAAAAGACAGAAACUUAUUUUCAAAAAGCAAUUUCAGGUUGCAAUGAAGGAAAAAAUCUCACAAUCAUGGAUGAUGACGAGAGUGAUACUGUAUUGAGCUACGUAUAUCACAUGUAUGGAAUAUUUUACCUCAAACAGAUACGUACAGAUAUAGCACAGUACGUUUCCUCCAGUGAGAUGCAAUUUCAACAUACCGUGAGCAAAAUAAUCUUUUUGGCAACUACUGCAUGCGAAUCAUUUGAGAACUCACGGAAACUUCGUUAUGCAGGUUUCCAGGAGUCAUUGGGAUGUUUUGGAAUGAUUGACGUACGUCUGGCAAUAUGUGAAUUCAUUAAACGGCAUUAUAGAUUUGUUACGAUCAAAGAUCUACUUAAUAUGUCGCAAAAUAGCGAAAUGACAUCAUUUGUUGAGAAAAGUUUAUCGCUUAUUCAACAACUGUUUAUGCAAUGUUAUAACGUUGUUGACCGUUCUGAAAUUGGUGAUAAUUUCUACAAGAAAAUAACGUUGUACAACAGUCUUUUCAAAGGGAUGGUUUCAAACACUUACAUGGAUAUGAUUACUGUUCCCGAAUCCGUCGAUACCAGAGGUGUCGUAGUUGCAGCAAUCAAACUGAAGUACGGGGAAGAUGAUCGGUUGGGGACAGUCGAAGAUAUCACAGAUGAAACCGACAUCAAACGCGUGAUAUCACUUCUGGAACAGAAUUUUGAUGAUAUUAAAAAAUUGGGCGUGUUGCACUCUAAAACAGGCAUAGACCAUGAUUUCCUUGACUGGAUCCAUGCGAUUCGACUUGUAAAUCAGCGAAAGCUUUACGCAGUUGAAGACGUCCUAGUAAAAGUUCGUUUCUGGUUCAAUUCUGUUCGUAGUCCGUACUCCCGUUUGUAUCUUUUCAUCCUACUCUUUGUGUAUGCCUUUCAUCCACAUGGUCCAUGCAAAAGAGACAUUCUGAAAGAAGCUAUCGAAAUAAAGGAAGAUACAGAUUGGAACCCAGCGGCUCAGACUCUGUCUAAUCCAAAGAGACCAAGAGAAUGGCUUAGUAAAGAACUAGGAGUCAGAUGUCUUCUUCCAGGAAGUCAGAAGAAUAUCAUCGAUGAUGAGGAUGCUAAAUACCACCUCUUAGUGUUAAAGGGAACAAUUCGGCCCCCUAACACAUAUAGAAAUGAUGGCAUCAUAGACAUGGAUAUAAAGGGCAACAUCAACGUUCCAGUGGUAGUCCACUUCAGUCCUAUCCGCACAAAAGGAAAACUUGUAGGUUUAUCACACGCGGGCAGACGCGUCGAGUUUAUGUUAGCGUUCACACCACUAUCUGGAUUAGAAGCCUACAACGUGACAGAGUUGAAGAAAUCUUCUUGCAAAACCUGUGGAUCCAAGGUUGAGAUUGUCAGUGUAGAAAAGAGUAACACUUGCAAAUGCGGUGAAGUUGUUGAAAAUGAAUUCCCUAUUUCCUGAUUAAAAGGAAACAUAUCUACAGGACAAAUGACGGCAAGUGUGAUGCUUUCAAACAUACAUUGUAUACAAGUGGAAUGCUUAUACAUCUCUUUACGAAAAAUAUACUAGUUUUCCGCUUUUCAAUCCACUCAUCACGACAAUUGCAUUGACAUAUGCAGAUAUUACAAUAAAAAAUGCAUACAAUCAUUACCAUCUUGUAUAUUUCAUUUGAUUUAAAUAAAGAUUUUUCGAGUUCAUGAGUUUGGGAACAUUAUAGGUGGAUGAUUCGGGUUUAUUUUUGUUUGUAACAUUUUAUAUAGAAAUACAUUUCCGUCGUUUCUAGAACGAUUUCAAGUGUUAAAGGAAGCCAACCAAAAGCAUCCUGACUGAGAUGAUGUAAAUACUUACUGAGUAGAUGGCCGGUUAAGUGAUAUAUGAAACAUUACAAAAUGAUUUUAAAUAUACAUUGUAAGAACGUUCGAAUCACAUUUGCUCUAAUAACCUGUGGGAAGGUUCUUGUAACUUGAAAAAGUACAAUUGUAUUUAUGUACUGUAAUUAAAUUUGUAACAUAUUAUCCACAGUGUCAUAUGCAUAUUUGUUUGUAUAUAGUGUCCAUUCAUAUCGUAAGCGUACUUUCAUCGGUGUGAAUACAGUUCAAAUGCAGGCAUUAUUGUUCGUCUUUAUUACAUAUAUAUAAAUUAUUCAAAUUAUUCAUCCAAAAUAAAUGAUGAACGCAGUUGCAAUUCCAGGUCAAAUGUAUGUAAUAUUUCAGAGAUUAAACACAAUCAUUGGCUACAUAUAUAUUUUUUUUAUAAAACUUACCUUUCUAUAACAAUGAAUUGCGCCAGUACGUGAAUUGAAUCAGUGUUUUUAAAAAAAAAAAAUAUACAAAUAAUAUUGCUCUGGUAAACAUUGUCUAUCCACUUAACAAGGGGCAAUUUUUCAGAUGUUUUUCAUGCUGUUCGUUUUAUAUCUAUAUUGAUGUAAAAUGGAAAGUGAUUGCGUUUCAUGAAAUGGCCUUGCUAAUAAUAUGAUUCUCUGUGAGAACAUGAAAAGAAAAUAUGCGUCAUAACUACACUGUUUUGAUAUAUUGAUGCGCUUUAAAUAACCUUUAGCGCUAAGCACGCCGCGCAUACGCUACUCAUUGCUGGGUAUACGUUCGAUGUUUCUAGCGUGAGCGUAUUGAACUUUUUUCAAUAUUUUGUAUACGUUAUGCUCACGCUGGUGCUUUACGUUAUGGUUUAAUUCUUAACAUUAUCUUUGAUUUCGAUAGUAUUUAUAGUGUUUGUUUAUAUCAGUUUAAUGUUCUCUACCUUAACAUAUAUUUUUCUUGUCAAUUAUGAAAAUAAACUCAAACAACUUAUAUUUGUAUACACUUAUUGUAAUGGAUGUUAGCGUGCUGGAGGUCGUGCAUAUGUCUCAAAAUUACAGACAUUAAACCUGACACUAUCAUGGGGUUCUCGCUUGCAAACAAAUACGAUAGGGAAAGAGUUUCCACUUGGUGCUGAACGUACCAUUAUAUUUUGUGUGAGAUGUAGUCAUUUGCUCAUAUAUCCAUAAGCGUCACAAGAUUGCAAUUCAAUUUUUAAUUUUUAAUUUUAAUUUUUAUCAAUAUCAACACUAUUUUUUUCAAAAUAAUUACAUUCACUCAAAGGGACAUUAAUGUACAAAGGAUCAUACAUUGACAAUCUUUCUCUGAAUACAUGUGAAAAAUGUGCUUUCUUGUGGAUAGGUAAUUACAUAUGAAUUUUUGUUGAAUACGGAAAAUGGUACACUGUAUAUUUGAACACUAUAUUGGUCAAUUAAGGAAGGGAGGUAAUUCAUCUGUUAAUAUAGGACUAUUUCCCUAGUGAUAAACUUUUACUGUUAUUUGCAACAAACAUAGUUAAGUGUUACAGGAAUGUAUAUAACCUUUGUUUUUAUGGAUUUUUUUAUAUGUUAAUGGUAUAGCCUCAUAACCAAACAGAGUGUGUUAAAACAGAUUUUCGUUUAUCAUAUUUAAACCUGUUGCAACAUACCAUUGUUUUGUUUUACUUUUUGAGUGUAUUCAAACCUGUUGCAUAUAUCAGUGUUUUGUUUUCCUUUAAUGAGUGUAUUUUAACCUGUUGCAACAUAUAUAGAUGAUUAUAGUAACAUUACUAUUUAAAUGUAGGUACACAAUUCAAACCUUUUUCCUUCUUUUAAAAAAAACAGAUAUCACUUUGUUUUUUGUUUUGUCGUAGGGUAUACGAGUGUAUGGAAAAUGCAGGUAAUUGUAUCACUACGCGCAUGAGAAUGACUGUAGUUAUCGAGUGAUAAUGGUAAUGACCCCAACAAAGGUUAUUGAGUCAAUAACACUUAAAACUGUGAAUAAAGAUAUGCAAAUUAUAUUUUGAAAAAAUAUUUAUACAUUAUUGCAAAUAACAAAUAUGGCCAUAGAGUGUGA